AUGCAAUCAACCCUAGUCCAAGGCACAGGCGAGGCUGACGGAGUCGAAUUUGACACGCAGCACCAGACAUUACUCACAACAACGCAGCUGCACGUCUCCUCGGCCUUCCUAGCCUGCGCUAGCGACCAGAAAUCCUUUGGCGCCGUCGCCGCCACGUCCGCCACUGUUGACUGCUUCCUGGAGACAAACCGCAUCCAUCAAUUAAACAUUGGGCGCUACCGUUUCUGA